AGAGAGAGAGAAAAAGAGAGGGAAAGAGAUGAGAUCUGAAUCUGAGAUCUGAGAGACGACUAUGAAUUCGGGCCUCAGUUUGUGAUUGUUAUUCUGGUCGUUCUCUUGUGUCCUUGGAAAAUAACAACAAUUGUCAUUUGUUAAUAACAAUGAUUUAUCACAUAAGCUUUAGUGAGACGAAAACCACAGAUGAUGAGGAAUAAACAAAUUUUUAAUUAAAACUAGUGUGCAAUUUGUAUAUAUGUGGAUCAGCUUGUAAUAUCUUCUUCACAAUCAGAGACAUUCGCUGUAUUAACUGUACGUAAUAAAAUAAACAAUGAAUUCUGGCAUUGAUUGGGAGACCGAGCAUCGUCGCGUUUUGUUGGACGGCAAUGCAGCGUUGGAACGUUCGGCGCAAUCGGUCGCGAGAUCGCAGGCUAUCGCAGCGGAAAGCGAACAAAUAGGGACUGAAGUGAUUUCCGAGCUGGGCGAGCAAAAGGAACGUCUUCUGCGAGCGAAGCGAAGAUUGUCGCAGACAGAUGAGGAACUCAAUAAAACGCGAAAGAUUCUGAAUAUCAUGCGAGUGAGAGUUUUGACAAAUAAGAUUGUUCUCAUUUUGAUCAUACUCUUAGAAUUAGUCAUUCUCGGUAUAAUUGUGUAUUUGAGGUUUUUUCAUAAAUAAUUCCUUUAUUGCUAAUAAUGUUUUUUUUUUUUUUUAUAUUGUUGAGUAAUUCAAUAAAGUAAAAGAUUUUAAUGUAUACGUAUGUUAAGAAAAGAAAGUUAUAUAGUUGUGUUGGCUUGAAACUGAGCGCCGCAAGGUUCCACAAUAAAGAAUAUUGCUUUAUAAUCACA